CGUAACACAAGUACGGUGCGCGAUAAAGCUCAAACUUCAGACGUCCUUACACAAUUCGAUUAUCAUUUGUCCAAAGAUGUCAGCCACCAGGUACCGUCGGUUCCUGAAGCUGUGCGAGGAAUGGCCGCGGGACGAGUUCAAGAAAGGCCGUGAUUUGGGGACGUUUCUGCGGCAGAAAGUAGCCGCAGGCUUCCGUGAGGGGGAAAACACACAGAUCCAGGAUCCAGAGAAAUGUGACCAGAUGUACGAAAGUUUGGCCCGCAUUAACGCCAACGUAUACAAACAAAGAUUUCCUCGUGUAAGAGACACAAGCUUUACUGGAGUUACAGUGGAAGAGUGUAAACUGCUUUUAUCAGGAAACGUGCAACAGAUGGACGAGGAAAAAAAGGGUUUGUGGAAGAAGGUAAUGGAGAGAUUCUCCAAAUCGCAAGAAGACGUCCCAGAGAAAGCUCCUGAAAAAUAAAUUCCUUCCUUUCCUUUCUGUUCUUUUCUCAAUGCAUGUAUAAAAUUAAAGCUUAUUGUUGGUAUCUUUA